AUGAGUGGCCUUUCUACUUCGUUAAACACUGAAUUAUUGUCACUCUCUAGUGAAGCUAGACGGAAGCAUCCGGAAAUAAAAGAGGCUGCAGAAAGAUCAAUAUUUAUUCUGAGAACAAUCAAGGAACGACCCGGAUUUGAUAUAUCAGAGGAAUUAUCAAGGAACUCUGACUUCCUGCGUCCAUUCGUUCUAGCAUGCGAAACAAAACACAUAAAGCUGGUUACUAUAUCUAUUGGCAGCUUACAAAAAUUAAUAUCUCGUCAUGCCAUUCCUGAGACAUCGAUAAAAAUGAUCUUGAAGACCCUAAACGACAUAAUGUCGCAGGGCGUUGAUAUUCAACUCAAGAUUCUACAGACAUUACCAUCACUUCUCAGUAAUUACGACUCUUUACACGGAGAUCUCUUGGCUGAAGCGUUGUUACUUUGCUUUAGACUACAAGACUCAAAGAUCGUUGUUGUUAAUAACACCGCUGCUGCAACCUUGCGUCAAUUGGUGAUUAACAUCUUUGAGAAAGUAGAAUUAGAAGACGAAAGAAAUCAGAAAGAUGAUUCUCAGCAAUCCGCUAUCGAAAAUGAUUUAAACAUUUUAUUGAUACAAGUUAAGAAAUUAUUCGAGAAUUCAAAAUUUUUGGAUGAUAGUGCUUUACAGGCCUUUUCCAAGUUUGAGCUUGAAAAAGUCAAACGUGUAUUGCGUGUUAUUCGUGGUGUGUUGACGUAUGCAAAUAGUCCGUCAUAUAGACCGGAUCGCGAUUAUCUUACCCCUUUGCAAGAGUCGGUCUUGGAUAUUUGUAUCAAGAUGGAUAUGACAGUACCCGGAACUCCUGCGGCUGUCAUUGGUGAGUUGGCUGAUUACAUGACGCUGGCAUUUAUAAACAGAGCUCAUGCAUUCGAUAAUGGUGAUUCUGGCAAGAGCAAUAAAGGCUCUCCAAUCACGGCCAAGGGUGAAACUACCAUUAGGCCUUAUGACACUGUUACUUAUAUAACAUUUUCCAAGACCGUGAUGACCAAGGCUACGGAUAUAUUUCACAAGUUUGUCCAUAACAAGGAAAUUUAUACUGAAGAUGUUUUUGCAAAGCUUAUUACGGCAUAUGGGAUUCCAAUGGCAUUGAAAUAUGACUGCCCACCCCCCGGAAAGCAUACACAAGAUGUGGAACUCUGGAAACUCGCUACAAAGUCUUUUUUGUCGGUAGUAAAAGCUGGGUUGAACGUACUGGAAGAAUUUGGAAAAAAAAUACCUGAUGAAUGCUUUGUAAAUAUAUGGAAACAGCUAGUUGACGUUCUCGAUAAGGCCCUAUUGUCAAAAAGUACACCACCACAAACAAUGAUUAUCGAACAACACGACACAGAUGAAGCAUUCGAUAUGAAAUUCCUUUUAAGUCUACAGUCAGAUGUCUUCAUACAUAUGGGCAGCCAACGAGUACCGCUGGAACUAGUUGAAAAGUUGAUCAGCACUAUUCGAAAGGGAUCACAGUUAUAUUCUACGAAUGUCAGUCGUCAAGCGGCCCUAGCUGGCUCGUUGAACAAACCGUUACCGAACCCUAACGCGCCGCUCGCCCAUUUCAGGCGUAGCUCACUAAAAGUGGAAGGAACAACGGCAAAAAUUUACCCAUCACCGAGAGAGCGGUUUGCAUACACGUGUCUGCAGUGUUUGUUUGAUUUGUGCUCAGAUGAGGAUAACGAUCAACCUUUGGUACGUCAUCGAAUAGCCAAGGUUGCUGCACCCGUACUGUUGGAACGUUGCGAGUCGGUGAUCAAUAAUUAUAUGGCUGAUCAACCAUUGCUUGGUAAGCUGCCACUUCCAAGUAUAUCUGUUAGAGUAAGAAACGACGAAAUACUGUUGAUUCUUCAACAAUUGGUCAAGCUACGAUUUAGGAAGAAUAUACUACAAGUUGAACAAGAAGAUUCUAGUAAAUCGACGGUGAAGAAGCAAAUAUUAUCUGGUCCAUAUGCUCAUUUAUUCUAUUUAUAUCCAAUACUUUGCGAGGCUAUUACUGUUGCGGACGAGAAUAUUGCGGGAUUACUAAAAGAUUGUUUAAAGAAAGCCG